AUGAGCAAGUCUUUCUUCGCAAUCGUUGUCAUAUCCCUGGUGGUUACUUCGUUGGUUCUUCAUAUGAUAAACACUGGCCAAUCAUUUCAAUCAGGCAUUCUUGAAACUUCAAUUUUAUUGGGUACUGGAGAAACACGGAAUGAAACAAAACCGACUUCUACUGACUCUUCUCCAUCUACUUAUACGAUAAACGGGAAAGAUCGAUUCGAUUGGUAUAGAGAGCAGAUGUAUUUCAAAAUGGAGUUGAAUGAACCAAAAAUUACAUCAAACAUCAGCACUUUGUAUGCUUAUGAGUUUGAACAUGAAAUAAUAAUAACCACGACAUCGAGGGAUCGGAUGGGUUAUCGAGUCUACUGUCGAUACGUUGAUGGAAACGAUAUGGAAAUAGGAGAACCAUUUGAAAGUUUCACGUAUCCAGAGUAUAUUGUGGCCUGCAAAAAGAGAAAAGGAACCAGAAAAAUAGGAUUGAGUGUCGAGAAGAAUAGGGACUUUCAGCCACUCCCGAUUGUUGAUAGAAUGUUGAAAAACCCAAAAUAUGAGCUGGCAAUGUGUUUGACACCUCUCUAUGGAAUCGAACCAAAAUGGUUGAUGUUUAUAGAGUUAAUUGAACACUACAAGCUACAGGGUGUCCAGCACUUCUAUUCAUAUAUUCACAAUGCAUCAAAUUACGAUUUGAAAGUGAUAAAUGAUUAUGUGAGAACUGGAGAAGUUGAAGUUCAUUAUUUAUUGGAAAGAGAUGAAAGGGAAGAUAACCAUUGGCAGAUGGUUCAUAUUGCAGAUUGUCUAAUCCGGUCUAGAGGAGAAUCAAAAUGGACUCUUUUCGCAGAUUUGGAUGAGAAAAUUUAUAUGACAAACUACACGGGAACCAUUCGAGAUUAUGUUGGAGAAGUUAAGAAUGAAGCUCUUGCUAGUAUUCAGUUCAGGCAGCAGUGGAUUCUGAAAACGGAAUUGAUGCCCGAGAAUUAUGAAGGAGAUGACCAGAUAAUGGAAUGGAUGCCAACACAUCGAUGGCACAAUUCAACUGGGAUCGGGGAUCCAGGUCACACUUCUAAAUGUAUUGUGGAUACAUCGAAAGUGUUCAUCAUGUGGGUUCAUUCUGUUACUGAAUUCUUCCCGAAUCCAAAUCGAAACAUUUUUCAAAGAGAUUAUUUUCAAAGAGACGUCGAACCCAAAGAUGGGCUCAUCAGACACUAUCGAGAUCAAAAUCUUGGAUCUUGGGGUGAAAUAUGGUUGAAAGAGUCACUUGUGUUCGGUCCAUUGAGAAACACUGAUUAUCCAGAGAAAUUGAUUGGAAAACUGACGGAAAAUGUGAAGAGAAGAGCUAAAUAUGUAUAUGAUAAUGUCGAUUGA